AUGCACGUUGAGAAAAACGUGGUUGCGAGUUUAAUUGCAACGUUAUUGCAUUGUGGAAAUUCCAUUGAUGGUAUAAAAGUUAGAAAGGAUCUUGAAGCUCUUGGCAUCCGGAAGGACUUGCAUCCGAAACCUCACGGUAUACGGAUAUUACUUCCCGCAGCGGUCAUUGUCAAAUUCAGAGAAGAAAAGUUUCUGUUAUGCGCCUUCUUCAACCUUCUGUGUCAACGUGUGAUUGAUAUGGAACAGCUCCAGAAAAUGGAGACGGAGAUUGUGGAAACUAUCUGUAUUUCUGAAAGAUUUUGGCCUCCUAGUUUCUUCGACAUCAUGGUUCACUUAUGUAUACAUUUAGGAAGAGAAGCCAGAUUAGGUGGUCCGGUGCAUUUCCGAUGGAUGUACCCAUUCGAAAGGUACAUGAAAGUUUUGAACGACUACGUGAGAAACACAACAAGACCGGAGGGAUGUAUUGCCGAGUCCUAUCUUGCAGAAGAAUGUCGUCCUUUAUCGACUGGAACAUCAUUCACUCUUACCAAGACAGAUAAGAAGAUAGCACACCUUGCGAUUAUAACGUAUUCUACGUUCCCAUAUUUCGGUGUCAAUGGGUUUAGAGGCAACGGUGUUAAAGUAGAAGAUGGGUUCACGAUGGUUAAUAUGAAUCAGAGCCAAAUUUCAUUUGCUAAAGAUCCAUUCAUUAUAGCCUCCCAAGCGAAACAGAUAUUCUACUCUAGGGAAAGUGAUGAGUCUAGUUGGUAUGUAGUCAUGAGGGGUCCUCCGAGAAGAUACAGUGAUGAUAAUUUACAAGGAGGUCAUAUGGAUGUUAGACCGUUGCCUUCAAUCGUUGAUAUGAAUCAGGAAGACUUGGCAGAUGAUUCUCAAAAUGUCUGA